AGCUAGCAAAGAAGGCCAUACAAAAUCAAUCCCCAAUCUUCUCAUCUAUCUAUCCCUCCUUUUCUUCUUCUUCUUCUUCUUCUUCUCUCUCUAUCUUUCUCUCUAAUCAUAUAUAGCUUCAACAAUGUCAUGGCGUGGCGUCGAAAAUGGAGCAAUUAUCUCAAUAUUAAUGGUGUUAUUUGUAUUAAUUAGAUCAGGAUAUGCUCGUCAACUUCCUUCCCGUGAAGCUCCAAGAUUGCUUGCUACCGUCAAUAAUAAUGGCUCCUUCCAUUGUCCAAACGACGGAAAUGAUAGUCUAUCAUUGGACUCAAUUAGGAAGACUUUAAUUGGGCUUGAAGAUACCAUCGUUUACAGCUUGAUUGAAAGGUCCAAACUACCCCUCAAUUCCCUUGCUUAUCAGUCUUCUCCUUUUCCUGGGGGGUUUCAUGGCUCCUUGAUGGAGUUUCUUGUUAAGGGUACUGAAUCUGUUCAAGCCCAGGGUGGAAGAUAUCAAAGUCCUGAAGAAGUUCCAUUCUUCCCUGAUAAUUUACCACCUCCAUUCGUACACCGCCCUGUAAAUUGUUGGCAGGGUUUGCCUCCUGCUGCUGCAUCUGUGAAUGUAAGUAAGAACAUUUGGGACUUCUAUGUUAACCAAUUUCUACCUCUACUGGCUGCUAAGGGUGAUGAUGGAAAUUACGCGUUAAGUGUAGCUUCUGAUCUUGCUUGCUUACAGGUGAUAUCAAGGAGAAUACAUUUCGGUAAGUAUGUUGCUGAAGUAAAGUUCAGAAACGAAACUGAAGCAUAUACUGCUGCAAUUCGCGCAAAGGACAAAAAUACUCUGAUGAACCUAUUGACAGAUAGUAAAGUGGAAGCCAUGGUGAUGCAAAGAGUUGCGAAGAAAGCCACAGUUUUCGGACAGGAAGUUACCCUGAAUGCAACUAGCAAUAGCAACAACUACAAGGUUGAUCCUUCGUUGGUGUCUCGUCUUUACAAUGAAUGGGUGAUUCCUUUGACGAAAGAUAUUGAAGUUGAAUACCUUCUCCGGCGUCUAGAUUGAUCUGAUUUUCGAGUCUGUAUUUUAGCUUCAUGCAACUCAGAAUGCAUGAUUCACUUGUACUGAUGAAAGUUUAACACUCUCAAAAGCAAUCUUUCAUUUGUUAUUAGAUUCAUAAAGGAUGUGUCUUCAUUGAAUUAGUAUAUAAAUAUAAAUGCUCGUAUAUAGAUUGUUCUAUCUUUGAAAAUUAAUGCUAGAUGUUUUCCUGCA